GUGAACGCAUGGCAGCUGACUGGAGAAAAGUUUGCAGACUCCUGUUCAUGCUUCAGAGAGAUCACAGUUGUAUCUCUCUCCGUCUAAUUUGCAGUACUCAGAAUUUGAACCAGUUUGUGAAACAUUCCUUCCAGUUCUCUUCGGUGCUCCAUUCUCAGAAAGGCAUGACUGACCAACCCCAAAUAUCAACUGAUCUGGGGCUCUACAAGCCUCCUCCCACAGUCCGGGGGAUGACAGAACUGGACAGAGGUGCUUUCAGUCAGAUAGUUUGUGUUCCUGCCAUACGGAUACCGACCAGUGUUCUCAACAAAGUGGUGAAGAGUUUGAAGAAAGUGGCACUACAGAGGCCGGGAUUUAAGCGGGUCGUUGAAGAAGAUGGUAAUAAAGAUGGGAAAGAUUGCAGUAAUGGGGAACAUCGGCUGCUGUUAUUGGAUCCAAACCGCAUAACGUCAUCAGAAUCAUUUGGCAGUGAGGAGGCAGCAGCUUUGCUAGCAUUUGGGAUUCCUCAGGAGAUCCAACAAUAUGAACUGAAACUCACCUAUGAAAACCUUAAAAGUGAAGAGGUACUGAGAGCUGUACUUCCUGAGGGACAGGAUGUGACAUCAGGGUUUAGCAGAGUGGGCCACAUUGCCCACAUGAACCUGAGAGACCACCAACUCCCCUACAGAAAAUUGAUUGGUCAGGUAAUAAUAGAUAAGAACCCUGGCGUUACCUGUGUGGUAAACAAGACCAACACCAUUGACUCCACUUACAGGAACUUCCAAAUGGAGGUUUUGGCUGGAGAAAAUAACAUGAUAGCAAAGGUACGUGAGAAUGGUGCAUUUUACGAGUUUGAUUUUUCACAAGUGUACUGGAACUCUCGACUUAGCACAGAACACGAGCGUAUUGUUGCUCUCCUUCAACGUGGAGAAACGGUAGUGGAUGUUUUUGCUGGGGUCGGUCCAUUUGCGAUACCAGCAGCCCGUCGAGGCUGUGAGGUCCUCGCUAAUGACUUGAACCCAGAGUCUUUCCGCUGGCUCCAGCAUAAUGCUAAGCUCAACAAAGUCCACCAAAAGAUUACAUGCUUUAACAUGGAUGGACGGGACUUCAUCCGGGGACCAGUGCGAGAGCGCCUGCCUGCACUAAUGAAGGGAUCACAAAAGAUUCAUAUGGUAAUGAAUCUCCCUGCACUUGCUCUAGAGUUCCUCGAUGCUUUCAAGGAUCUGCUGGGCCCAGAGCCAGAUCAGGGUCUCCCCUUCAAGGACAACCUGCCUCAGGUUCAUUGCUAUGGGUUCUCAAAGGAGAAUGAUCCCCAGAAGGAUGUAGUGGAGCGGGCAGAGGCAAGUUUAAAGAUUUCGCUGCAAGGACAAUGUUCAGUGCACAUGGUGAGGAAUGUGGCACCUAAUAAGGAGAUGAUGUGUGUGAGUUUUACUCUCCCAAAAGGAGUUCUGUACAGCCAGCACACCCAAGAUAGAGAUAGCUCAGAGGAGCCGUGUCCAAAGAAACUGAAGUGUGAAGAUCUGGCAGACUGAAGAAUCUUAAAGGGAUAUUCACCCAAAAAUGUAUAUUCUCUCAUCAAUUACUCACCCUAAUGCCAUCCUAGAUGUGUAUGAAUUUAUUUCUUCUGCUGAACAAAAACAAAGAUUUUAGAAGAAUAUUUCAGCUCUGUAAGACCUCACAAUGCAAGUGAAUGGUCACCAAUAUUUUGAAGUUUCAAAAAUUACAUUAACGUAGCGUAAAAGUAAUUAAUAAAACUCUAGUGGUUAAUUCAUGUCUUCAGAAGAGGUAUGAGAAGUGUGGGUGAGAAAAAGAUCAAUAUUUUGGUCCUUUUGUAAUAUAUAUAUAUAUAUAUAUUCUCCUCCCUGCCCUGUAGGCGGCGAUAUGCACGAAGAAUGCAAAUUUCCAAAAACUACGAAUGUGAAAGUGAAAUUGGUGAUUGAUCAUAAAAAUAACUUAAAUAUUGAUCUGUUACCCACCCACCCACACCUAUCAUAUCGCUUCUGAAGACAUGGAUUAACCACCAGAGUUUUAUGAAUAACUUUUACGCUGCCUUUAUGUGAUUGAGCUUUAAAAUUUUGGUACCCAUUCACUUGCAUUGCAAGGACCUACAGAGCUGAAAUAUUCUUCUAAAAUCUUCAUUUUUCUUCAGCAGAGGAAAGAAAGUCAUACACAUCUAGGAUGGCAUGAGUAAAUUAUGAGAAUUUUCAUUUUUGGGUGAACUAUCCCUUUAACGUGUCUGUGUUAAAUUCACUGUUUAAAUUGUUUCUGUAACAUUUGAGUAUUUAGUUUUUUUAAAUAAAUUAUCAUUCCAUCAGGAUUGCUGUUGUGCUGCUAUAUUUCUGUGAAUCAUAAAUUAUCACAUUACCAAAACUGACACAAAGAAAGUUUUUCU